AUGGCUACUGAUAUAGAACCAUCAUUGCGUGCUUCUCGAGGAUAUGUAAAGGCAGCGAUUACGCGAGUACACAACUUUGUUCUCGAUAUUUCUGAAGUAGAAGAAAGUACAACUCGUAGAGAGAGACUCCUCGCUGCAUUCCGCGAGUAUGAAGCGUUUAAUAUGCGAAUUCUCUCAAUACAACCAGAGGAUGACGAGGAUGUCGCGGCUGUGGAGGACAAGUAUUUAUAUUCUGUUGCUAUUCUCAGCGAAGCAAUUAAUCGCAAGACAACUUGUAAUGACAUUAAAGGACAUUUUAGUAACAUUACACGAUCGAAGACAAAAUUACCUGCUAUUGAAAUGCCUAUAUUUACAGGUAAUUAUAUAGAAUAUAUAGCCUGUUCAAGCUCUUUUUAUACGUCAUUAAUACAUAAUGAUUCUACUUUAGACAAUAUUCAAAAGCUGUAUUAUCUUAAUUUAAAAAAUGAACCUUACGAUUUAAUUAAGAACUUGCCAUUGACAGCCAAUAGCUAUGAUAAGGCUAGACAGUUGCUAGAGGAUAGAUAUAAUAAUAGGUAUCGUAUUAUUAAUGAACACAUUAGCCAAUUGUUAGAUUUACCUGCCCUUGUUAAGUCGACUUUCCGAAACUUUGUAGCUAAUCUUAAGCAAAGUAUAGUAGCUCUACAAAAUCUCGAUGUGAAGAUUGAAACUUGGGAUCCAAUAGUAAUUUGUAUUCUUAAUCGUAAGUUAGAUUCUUACACGGCUCAGUCGUACCAGCUUGAACGGGAUGCUGCUGAAGAGCACAGCGUCAAUAACUUCAUUGAGUACCUUGAAAAGAGGGCACUCGCGUUGGAGAACGCUGCGCCGUCCACAACAGCGCAAUACACGAAGGCAAAAAGCUGUUUAUCUGUUAAUGUAAUAGCUGCUGGUACCAAGACGAUGUCAUGUCGUUAUUGUAAGUGUAAUAGCCACAAAUUGUUUUCAUCUGAUAAUCAGUUUAACAUUCCAUCUGAAAUAGAUCUGCUAAUGGGUGCCAACAUAUUCUUCAAUGUGGUAAUACCCAACGAGUAUGAACCAUCUCAGACUCGACAUCUGCACCGGCCACUGUCUAAUUCUGAUGAACUAACAUCCCGUAUCAUCAAUACACGUUUUGGAUAUAUUAUUGGUGGUUCAGUAUUAGAUCAUCAACGAACUCCAAAACAGAUCACAGUACAAAGUUGCUGA